GACAAUUUCCCAAACCGGCUGGACCUAACUGGUUCAAUUUACUUUUCUUUUUCUAUUUCGACAAAUUAACAACAUCUAGAAAAACCUUAAACUCAUUAGAAAAAUGUAUUUGCCUUUUUACCGAAGAAAAAAGGAAAACUAUUUGCCUUAGCUUGUUCCUUUUUUUCUAAUCCUUCUGAUGUUGCCUUAACUUGUUCUUUAUGCAAUAAAGAAUGUGUUAUUUUGGGAAGUCCACGCUAAACACAUGCUAGUACCAAAUACUACAUGGCAAUUGGACGAUCCCUGAGACUUGCCUUCUCACAAACUAAAUGAAGCUCUUCACGAUGGAAUAAAUCGAGAGGUCGAUGGUCAUGAUUUCGUAGAUUUUUCAGCCUGUCGUAUUUUCAAAGUGCCUAAUCAUUUACGCAAUAUAAAUGAAAAGGCCUAUGAACCUCUAGUGAUCUCCAUUGGCCCUUACCACCAUGGUAAAGAGGACCUUAAGGCAAUGCAGCUGCAGAAAAUGAAUUACCUACAAUUGAUUCGUCAUCACACACAAGAAAAUAGUGUGGAGAUAUAUGUGGCGGCCUUGAGAGAAAUGGAAGAAGAAAUUCGCGGAUUUUAUUCAGAAAAUCUGAAUAUUGAUGGGGAAAAACUGGUAGAAAUGAUGCUUCUUGAUGGAUUCUUUAUCAUUGGGCUUUCCCUCGGUAGACAUGGGCUUAAUGAUUUUUAUUGGAGAAAUGUAAAGCGCGAUCUGCUGUUAGUUGAAAACUUUCUCGGUACUUCUCAAGUUAUAUUCCCUGUGGGCGAAUCGGGUCGGUCCGUUACAAAGGGGUGAAAGCGACAAGAUUGUCGAAACUGUAAUUACUUGCUUUGAUAGAAUGGUGCCAGGACUUCCAAUUACACAACAUGCCGAGAAUCCACGAUCUUCAAGUAUAGCACGUGACGGGAAUCUAGAAGCCAAGCAUAUGCUGGCCUGGCUCCAUGAUAAUGUAACUCGUACACUUCCAUUGCCAAAACCUUCAGCAUCGCUACAUGCAGUAAUGCUUGAAGAGCGAAAAUGGUGUUUCAUUCGUUGUGCAACUGAGCUCCAUGAGGCCGGGAUCAAGUUCCAGAAAAAAGAGGGAAACAUGUUUCAUAUAGAGUUUCAAAAGGAGGUGAUGUCAAUUCCAACCCUAAUAAUCGACGAUCAUACAGAAUCCAUCCUUCGUAAUUUCGUGGCUUAUGAACAGUACGUCCAGGAUUCUUCCCCAAAACCCUUCACGGAUUAUAUUACAUUCAUGGAUCGCCUCAUCAACACAGGAAAGGACGUUGAAUUACUUUGUCGCUGUGGAGUUCUUGACAAUUGGUUGGGUGAUCAUGAAGUCGUUGCCACCAUGCUUAACAGACUCGGCGACUCUGUUCUGUUCUCAGAUGAGGACUUCUUCUACUCCGAUAUAUUCACGAGAGUGAACGAACAUUGCAACAGAAAGUGGAACUUACUCGAACCAGUCUGCGAUAAGUCUUUCAAACUCGAAGAUCAGUCGACGCACCCUAGCACCACCGCCUACGCCUCCGCUGGUGGUCUUGAAAUCACCUGCUUUAGCGAGCUCGUCGAUGACGCUACCUUCCACUUCCAAAUCAUUCUUUUCCCUAAACAGAGCAAUACGGUCGGUGUGACUUCCGUUAUUGGAGGUUCUUCAGAUAACACUGGGUCUGGAAUCGCUAGGCGAUUAGUGUUAAAAACUGGUCUUAAUAUAAUUUUUGCUUGCAAUAUCGCAAAGAAUAGCCCCAUGCUUGAGGUUUGAUAUGUUCCUCUACCUUUCUUUCUCUGUCUCUAUCUUCAUAUGUCAUAAUAAUGCAUUGAAGUUUCC